ACAUACAUACACACACCCAUGCACAUCGCAUUCACUUACAUAAAAUCAACAACAUUCCACUUGACCUCUCUCUCUCUCUCUCUCUCUCUCUCUCACACACACACACACACACAAAGCCAAUGAACUGCACGCUACUAACAUGGCCAGAACCAAUAGUCAGGGUCCAAUCCCUAUCCGACAGUGGCAUAACCGUAAUCCCCGAACAGUACAUAAAACCACCAUCCGACAGGCCUGCUACCACUACUUCUCCCAACCCUCUCGACUCACCCGCGACUGAAGUCCACGACAUCCCGAUCAUUGACCUCUCCAACCUACUCUCCCCAGACUCCACUCUCCGCCACGGCACAAUGAGCCUCGUCUCACGCGCGUGCCGCGAGUGGGGUUUUUUCCAAGCGGUGAACCAUGGCGUGAGCCACGACCUGAUGAGCCGCAUGAGAGAGGUAUGGCGCGAGUUCUUUAAUCUUCUUCCAGUUGAGGAGAAGCAAAGGUAUGCGAAUACCCCGGGGACUUACGAGGGGUACGGAAGCCGGUUAGGAGUCGAGAAAGGGAUUAAGCUGGAUUGGAGUGAUUAUUUCUUCCUUAAUUAUCUUCCUGAGUCAGUACAGGAUCAGAAUAAGUGGCCUACUCGUCCUCUCGCUUGCAGGGAACUGGUUGCAGAGUACGGAAACGAACUGGCAACAUUUUGUGGGAAGUUGAUGAAUGUUUUCUCAGCGAAUCUUGGGUUAGAAGAGGAGUACCUCCAAAAAGCAUUUGGAGGUGAAGAAGUGGGUGCUUGCUUAAGGGUGAACUACUAUCCAAAGUGUCCACAACCGGACCUAACACUGGGUCUUUCCCCACAUUCGGACCCAGGUGGCAUGACCCUUCUUCUCCCUGAUGAACAUGUCUCUGGACUACAAGUCCGGAGAGGAGAGAAAUGGGUCACCGUUAAGCCUGUCCCUAAUGCUUUCAUUGUCAACAUUGGUGAUCAACUUCAGGUAAUAAGCAAUGCAACAUACAAGAGCGUGGAGCAUCGGGUGAUUGUGAAUUCAUCUAGAGAGAGAGUAUCGAUUGCCUUCUUCUACAAUCCGAAGGGCAACAUUCCCAUCGAACCCGCUAAGGAGCUCGUAAAAGAGGACAAGCCUACCCUUUACCCGGCAAUGACGUUCAACGAGUACAGAAUGUUCAUUAGGAGGAUGGGUCCUUGUGGCAAGUCACAAGUUGAUUCACUACGUCCCCACGCUAAUUAAUUUUGUUUUUCCCUUUCCCUUUUUCGUGUUACAUACGACAAAGCCGCCGUAAGUUGUAUUUCUCCUUCGCUUGUAUGGAAUCAACCUCUACUUUUAACGUGAAUGCAUGAGUAAACGUAGUCUCGACUAUACAAACUAGUGGGCC